GCCCUCCCUUCCGCCCCUUCCGCUCGCCCGGGCCCCCCGCCCUGGCAGUCGGGCGGGCAGCAGGAAGGAGCCCCCGCCCAGGCCAGCAGCGGCGCCUCGACCCUCCCUCCCUCCCGCGCAGCGCCCGGCGGAGACCCCCCCCGCACCCCGAGGAGGAGGAGGAGCCCCCGCCCCGCGCCCCGCGCCCAUGGACGACAUCUUCACCCAGUGCCGGGAGGGCAACGCCGUGGCCGUGCGCCUCUGGCUGGACAACACCGAGAAUGACCUCAACCAAGGAGACGACCACGGCUUCAGCCCGCUGCACUGGGCCUGCCGAGAGGGCCGCUCCAGUGUGGUGGACAUGCUGGUCAUGCGCGGGGCGCGCAUCAACGUCAUGAACCGCGGGGAUGACACCCCCCUGCACCUGGCCGCCAGCCACGGCCACCGAGACAUCGUCCAGAAGCUGAUCCAGUUCAAAGCGGACAUCAACGCCGUCAAUGAACAUGGGAACACCCCACUCCACUACGCCUGCUUCUGGGGCCAGGAGCAGGUGGCUGAGGACCUGGUGAGCAGUGGGGCUCUGGUCAGCAUCUGCAGCAAAUACGGGGAGACUCCCCUGGACAAAGCCAAGGCGCCCCUGCGAGACUCGCUGAGAGAACGCGCAGAGAAGUUGGGCCAAAGUCUGACCCGCAUUCCUUAUAAAGAUACCUUCUGGAAGGGCACAACGCGAACGCGACCCCGCAACGGGACUUUGAACAAGCUGGCAGGGAUCGACUUCCGGCAGCUGAGUCUGGGCCACAAACUCAACGAGAACCAAUCAGGAGAGUUGUGGAAGGGCCGCUGGCAAGGUAACGACAUCGUCAUCAAGGUGCUGAAGGUGCGGGACUGGACGACGCGGAAGAGCCGGGACUUCAACGAAGAAUACCCGAAGCUCAGGAUUUUCUCGCACCCCAACGUGCUUCCGGUGCUGGGGGCCUGCCAAGCCCCACCCGCCCCCCACCCCAUCGUCAUCACCCACUGGAUGCCCUACGGCUCCCUCUACAACGUGCUUCACGAGGGCACAAAUUUUGUGGUGGACCAGAGCCAGGCGGUGAAGUUUGCCUUGGACAUUGCGCGUGGAAUGGCCUUCCUGCACACGCUGGAGCCGCUCAUCCCCCGGCACUACCUGAACAGCCGCAGCGUCAUGAUAGACGAGGACAUGACUGCACGAAUCAGCAUGGCAGACGUCAAGCUCUCCUUCCAGUGCCCGGGCAGGAUGUACGCCCCUGCGUGGGUAGCGCCAGAGGCUCUGCAGAAGAAGGCGGAGGAGAUCAACCGCCGCUCAGCAGACAUGUGGAGCUUUGCUGUGCUGCUCUGGGAACUGGUGACCCGGGAGGUGCCGUUCGCCGAUCUCUCCAACAUGGAGAUUGGCAUGAAGGUGGCUCUGGAGGGCCUGCGGCCAACCAUCCCUCCCGGGAUCUCUCCCCACAUUUGCAAGCUGAUGAAGAUCUGCAUGAACGAAGACCCAGCAAAGCGCCCGAAAUUUGACAUGAUCGUCCCCAUCCUCGAGAAGAUGCAGGAGAAGUGAGGGGAAGAGCCGUCCCCCAUCCCUCCCUGGCCCCCGCCCUGCCCAAGUGCCUUUGGGUGGUGUCGCCCCCGACAAUACGGUACAGCUGGAGCCCACCGCCUCGCCUUCCCCCGCACAGGAGCUGGGGGGGGGGUCACGCUCGCUGUCUGCCGCCUUGCUCUCCUGUCACGUGUAACCAGACUCUUGCUGCUUCGACAAGGUCCUCCUCAGUACGGCAAGCUCCUCUACCACGACUCCCUCGCUGCCUGCAGCCGCAUUUCUGCUCCUGCCUCGCCCUUGCCCCCCCCAAGUGAGCUUAAUUCUAGCUUUUUAUUUCUUUUUUCUAUGCAGCCCCAGGGCUAUGGCCAGGGCCUUCAAAUAAACACUUGCUAUGAAAGGA